AUGCGGCCGUUAACGGAGGAGGAGACAAAAAAGUUGUUUGAGAAAUUAGCACAGUAUAUUGGUCCCAACACCACACGACUGCUGCAAAGUAAGAACGACCAUUCCAAUCACGAUAACAACAACGAACAACAACAAGAUGAGGAACAUGUCUUUCGAUUACAUAAAGGCCGUAUUUGGUAUAUGCCUUUACGUCUAGCCAAACUGGCCAGUUGUGUUUCCAAAUCCAAUCUAAUGGGAAUUGGUGUUCUCUUCGCAAAGGUCACGCACAAUGGACACAUCCGCAUUCAGGUCACCGCCCUUGAUUACAUUGCCCAAUACUCCCUCUUUAAGGUGUGGGUGAAACCCAAUCAAGAACAGAAGUUUCUCUACGGUGGCCACAUCACACGUGCUGGACUCGGCCGAAUUACGGAGUCGACUCCAAAAUAUCAAAAAGUUGCGGUCUUUUCAAUGGGCGAUAUUCCGCUGGGAUUUGGAGUCGCCGCACUUGGAACGGUGGAGUGCAGGCGGUGCGAGAUGAAUGCGACGGUGCUCUUUCACGAGGCGGACGUGGGUGAGUACCUCCGUAAUGAGGCCAGACUCACAUAA